AGAAGAUGGGUGCAAGAUCUGAAGGGCUAUAUGGUAAAUAUUUAGUAAAGUACAACAAUGGAGUAUAUGAUGGAGAGUUUUUAAAUGGGGAAAAGCAUGGAAAUGGACAAUUUAAGUGGGAUAAUGGAGAAUAAUAUAAUGGAGAAUGGAAAUAUGAUAAGUUGACUGGAAAAGGAUAAUUUAAAUUUGCUAAUGGAAAUAUAUAUGAUGGAGAGUUUUUGAAUGGUGAAAAGAAUGGAAAGGGCCAUAUGAAAUUUGCUAAUGGAUCUUUCUAUAUUGGAGAUUGGAAGGACGAUAAGUUGAAUGGAAAAGGUCAAUUGAAAUUAGCAAAUGGAAAUUUAUAUGAUGGAGAGUUUUUAAAUAAUGAAAUGUAGGGAAAGGGACUAAUGAAAUGGGCUAAUAACGCCUAAUAUGAGGGGGACUGGAAAAAUGAUAAUAGAGAUGGGAAAGGUGAAAUGAAAUUUCCUAAUGGUAGUUAAUAUGUUGGAGAUUGGAAAAAUGAUGCAAGAAGUGGAAAGGGUCUAAUGAAAUGGGCUAAUGGAGAUUAAUAUGAUGGAGAUUGGAACAAUGAUGAAAUAAGUGGAAACGGUAUCUAUAAAUGGGCUAAUGGAGAUGAAUAUGAUGGAGAUUGGAAAAAUAAUGAAAGAAGUGGAAAGGGUCUACUGAAAUGGGCUAAUAAAGCUAUGUAUUAUGGGGAUUGGAAAAAUGGUAAUCGAGAUGGAAAAGGUCAAAUGAAAUUUUCUGAUGGAUCUUUAUAUGAUGGGGAUUGGUUCAAUGAUUUAAGGCAUGGACAUGGGGAUUAUAAAUCAGAUAAAGGUGUAAAAUAUAAUGGUAAGUGGUUGUUUGACAAAUAAAUGUGAAAUUUAGAAUUUAUUUAUAUCAUCCAUAUAUUAAUAUUGCUAAUUCC